UGUACAGCGAAUUUCAUUCGCUUCAGACCCUAAGGGUGUAGACAUAUUUUAUUUCUACCAAAUUAGCUUAUUUAAAGAACAAAACAAAAAAAGACAAGGACACAUAGACAAAGGGAAGACAAGGUCUGGAAGGUUACCGCACCUCUUUCGCACCUUUCUUCUGUCCUUUCCACCCUAUUUCCUACAGACUUAUUUUAGCUACCACCAAGUAAAGAUGUCUAGAAAUAGGGGUUUUUUCGGGCCACGUGGCCGCCCUAACGAUUUUCGUGGUUUUCAAGAACAGAAUUUUCUUGAGUAUCAGUACGGACCAGUCGAUAGAUUCCCAGCUGUUAGGGAAAGAUCGCCGAUCCGCCGGGACCCCAGGUAUCAGUACGAUUUUGGUGAUUAUCAGGAAGGGUACUUUAGGGAACGAGAGUUGAGGCGUGAGUAUUUUGAGCCUGGCUUCCGUCAGGAAGAGCAGUUCGUUCCAAGAGAAGAGCAGUACCGUCCAGAAGAGCAGUACCGUCCAGAAGAGCAGUACCGUCCAGAAGAGCAGUACCGUCCAGAAGAGCAGUACCGUCCAGAAGUAGAACCUCAGUUUUAUCAGGAGAGAGAGGAGGAUUUCUAUGAGUAUAGAUCGGAAGAUGAAGGAGGCUUGGAGAAUGAUCAGAGAGAAAAUAAUCGGCCAUGGAGGCCACCUCGUCGUGAAGAGGCAUUGGGUGAAGCUCUUCCCCAACAGCAGCCAAUUCAGCGUGAAACUCCUCCGCCUCAACCGAGUCCGCGUCAUCCGCCGCCGCAGCAGCAGCCACAUCAGCCACGUCCGGCCUCUCCCUCCCAAGAUGCGCCGUAUACAGUUUCAGCCCAGAUUUGCGACGAACUUACUGCAUGGUUGACAAAAGGUAUGUCAGGAGAGGAGUCGAAAGCAAUCUCGAAGCGUUUUCCCUUGAAAUUUGCGGAGGAAUCAUUUGAGAUUCGGCCCCCCAAGUUAGAUAAUUUCAUGCAGCGGCGAGCGAAGGACAAGGAGGUGCUAAGGAAUGUGAAUUGUGCGGAAGAAGUUUUAGUGGCGUUGCAGCAUAAGAUUUGUGACGUGGCUCCGCCACUUAUUGACUUGUAUGCGCGUGUAUCGGCUCUAGAAGAGGGAGAGAUCGCGGUUGAAGCAGCAAAAGAUUCAGUCAGGUCAGCACUGCGCCAAUGGGCGAGAGCAUGGCUGUAUGUGACGAAAGAAAGAAGAAAGUCGGUGGUGAGCCUCGUGGAGCCGUCCUUUCAGUUUCUUCUGGCUGGGCCGGAAGCGUUCGCGGUUGGUCCAGAGGCUAGGGAGAAACUGUUCACUGGAAAGUUUCUUGAUGCCAUGUUGAAGGAGGCCACUCAGGACGCGACGUUGGCACAGAAGGAUGCGGCAGUGCGAUCAGCAGGUCGUGCAUUGCCGUCUCAUAGGCCAGCUGGUCGAGGACGAUUGGUUAGAGAGCCAGCCCCAUUCCAACACCCCUACCAGCGUCAAAGAGAACCAGCAAGCAGCAAUGGCGGUAGACGAGGUCGGUUCAGAGGAGCGAGAGGAGCGGGCGAUAGCUGGUCACGCAUCGGUCAAAGCUGGGAAUUAAUUACGGACGAUAAAUGGGUUUUGAAUUCGGUGGCUACAGGGGUGACGUUAGAUUUUCUUAAGCAGCCGCGGCAAAAUUCCAUACCUUCUCCGAUUCCUAUGUCCAAAGAAAUGGAAGCAGUAUGCGAUCAGGAAGUAAAAGAUUUGGUUUUGAAAGGGGCCAUCAAGGAAGUAACAGACGACUCGGAGGUCGGUCCGUUUUCUGCUGAGGGAGGGGGACUGGAUGGUAAAAUUAGACCUCAAGGAUGCCUAUCUUACAGUUCCGAUCCAUUCCUGGAGAGCGGAACUGGCGGGCUCUACACUCGUUGA